UACGGCGCAGGCGCGGUGGGCCGAGCGUGCGCGCGCAGCCCCGCGGGAAGGCUAACUUGGGGCGUGCGGAGCGCCAGAGCGGGUGGCGGUGGGAUCCUGACCUCGGAAGAAGCCCCUCUGCCUGGUGUUCUCCAGCGGAGCCUCUGACUCUGGCGGCCCCUCCUGGCGCAGUCCUAGGACUGCAUUUACCCACAUGGCAGCCCUGUUCCCACCACCGCCUGGUCCCAGCUUUGUCCUCCGAGGCACACAGUCGGCUGUGAACACGCUCCAUUUCUGCCCACCAUCCCAAGCUGCAGAGAACCCACUCCUCUUCUCAGGGUCUCAGAAUGGCCUAGUACAUAUCUGGAGCCUACAAACAAGAAGAAUAGUUGCCACUCUAAAUGGCCAUGGGGGCCAGGGUGUAAUCUGGCUGAAGACACUGCCACAGGGACACCAGCUCCUCAGCCAGGGUCGAGACUUGCGGCUGUGCCUGUGGGACCUGGCAGAGGGCAGGAACACCAUCAUGGACUCAGUUCAGCUGGACAGUGUGGGCUUCUGCAGGGGCUCCAUCCUGGUCAGGGGACAGCAGUGCUGGAUGCUUGCUGUGCCAGGGAAGGGCAGCGAUGAGGUUCAGAUUCUGGAGAUGCCAUCCAAGACGUCAGUGUGCACCCUGAAGCCGGAGGCCGAUGCCAGGCCAGGCAUGCCCAUGUGCCUGGGGCUGUGGCAGACUAACUCCAGUCUCCGCCCCCUCCUUCUGGCUGGCUAUGAGGAUGGAUCAGUAACCCUGUGGGACAUCUCAGAGCGGAAGGUGUGCAGCCAAAUCACCUGCCAUGAAGAGCCUGUCAUGGGCCUCGACUUCGACUCUCAGAAGGCCAAGGGCAUCUCUGGCUCUGCUGGGAAGGUACUGGCUGUCUGGAGUCUGGACGAUCAGCAGUCCCUGCAGGUGAAGAAGACUCAUGAGCUCACCAAUCCUGGAAUUGCCGAAGUCUCCAUCCGGCCAGACCACAAGAUCUUAGCCACAGCAGGCUGGGACCAUCGCAUCCGUGUGUUUCACUGGAGGACAAUGAAACCGUUGGCUGUUCUGGCUUUCCACAGCGCUCCUGUGUACUGUGUGGCCUUUGCUGCUGAUGGCUUGCUUGCUGCGGGGUCCAAGGACCAGCGUAUCAGCAUCUGGUCACUCUACCCCUGCCCGUGACUUAGCUGUGGGACACUGCUGUUUUACUCCAGUCUUGACCCAGCCCUGUGGAAGAUCUUCAAGUCCCUCUGAGGACAGCAAAUUGUGGCCAAAGGUCCCUGGGGUCCACUUUCUUCGUGAGGUUCUGUGAGGAGCGGGUGUGGCAGCAGUCCCAAGAAGGCGCCAGGGACUGCAGCUAAGUCUUAUG